GUCCAAGUUGACACGGAUCCUGGGGUCGAUGAUAUCAUUGCCAUCUUGCUUGCGAUAGCAUCGCCAGAGCUAGAGAUUCUGGCUUUCAUAAUCUCCUUUGGUAACACUGAUCUCGACUCCUCUUUCUUGAAUAUUUUGAAAGCUUAUCAGGCGAUCGCUGGCCAUUUACAAAGGUUCCCUAAAGAUAAAGAUAGAUUUCCCAAUUUCUGCCCAAAAGUCAAGCCAAUACUCACCAAAGGGAGUGCAGGUCCUUUAGAGGGAGACCUUCAUAGUGCCCAGUAUUUUCAUGGAAGAGAUGGUUUAGGGGGGAUAUCAGAACGACAUCCCGACCUCGACUUGCCUCCAGAUACUUUAUCUCGAGCCCAUCCAUGUCUGGAAAUUUCUUCCCGAUCCGGCGUUGACGUUGCUCUUGACUUUAUCCGAGAUAUGCCUUCGCGGACUAUCACCUAUCUCGUCCUUGGACCACUUACCAAUUUGGCACUAAUGAUGAGGCAAGAUAGUGAAACCAUCAUCAAUCGUAUCGGCCGCGUCGUCUCCAUGGGAGGUGCGUUGGACGUUCCUGGUAACACAAGUCCAGUUGCAGAAUUCAACUUCUUCGCGGACCCUUACGCGGUCAAGGAGCUCCUGAUUUCCCCGUCAAUGCACAAAGGUUUACCUCGGGAUCGGUUCCUCAUGCUCCCUUUAGAUAUCACGACACCGCAUCAACUUCCAUUUAGUGUCUACAGAGAUGUCGUUGACCCUCUGUUCUCCUCCACGGCGUUGCCGUCCAUACCAACUGCAGAGAAAUCACCCUUGACUCAUUUUACAAGUUCUUUCCUGGAGAGAACCCGUGAAAUCAUGCUGGAGUUCGGCAGCGAUGCGGUGGAACUGCAUGACAUCGUGGCAGUCUGGUGUGCCAUAGAGAACCCACCGUUUGGGGAGGAUGAUGUCAUCUGCACGGGAGAAGGCUGGCACACUCGAAAUCGAAUUUUUGAUAUCGAGAGAACCGGCGAGAUAACUCGUGGCAUGUUGGUGGUUGACAGACGGGAUGAUCAAUCUGCAUAUUCUCCGGGAGCAAAUCGCGCCGAGGUUCAGAAAGAACUCGAAAAGCUUCACUAUAACAGCGCGAUAUGGGAGUCUACCGCAUUGCCCGCUCCAGUCGAAAUUGAGAAGGCUCCCAUGAUAUCUGACGGAUUGAGAGGCGUGCUAUGUGUUACACAAACCCCCGGCCCUAAAACUUUGCUACGCUUACUACUCAAACGAGUGUGGGGGGGCGUCCAAUGA